AAUAGCGUCCACGCGUCCAUGUGCCGGUCACGCGGUACAACAUCGCGAUGGUGUAGAAUAUUUUUUUCGCUCUUACAAACGGUUUGACAUUCAGCCGCGGCGGACCUGCACGAGCGCGCGCUCAGACGAGAACGGAUAUAAAACGUACGAAACACGUAUAAUAUAUAAUUGUUGUUGAUACCAUUAAUACCUAUUGGGCAGGUACCGCGUCUUAGGUACCGAAUUUUUUUCCGAACAUUUCGUCCACGGUUUUUCGCCCGCGCGCUGUAUCGUCGCCAGGAACGUUUCGACGUCUCAUUCCGCCGCCGCGUCACACGUCGGUCCAACUCGAGUGGCCGCGUUCGGUUCGAUGCGUAUUAUUAAAUAUUAAAUAGUAAUAUCGUUGUAAUAUAAUUUAUAAAGUGCCAGUUGGCCGCGACUGAUACCGCUGUAAAUAUAGUAAUACUUUUGUUUUAUAGUACCUACUUAGUUUCGUAUUAUUUGUUAUUCGGUCCGUUGCGAGCAGGGUCCGUGGGCAGUUUACAUCGAAAAAUUCAUCUGCAGGUGAUCAAUAAAUACGUUCAGCGGGCAUGUCAUCCGAAAAACAAAAGUUAUCGAAGUUUUUUUUUCAUUUCUGACGUUCGAUAAAUGGCUUCAGAUAUAAUACCAUUAGAACAUAACAAUACCGAAAAUGAAAUGCGAUUGUCGAGGAAUAAACGUUUUAACGUAUUUCAUAUGCCUCUCUUUUAUACCAGUGUCAUUGUGCCUAAUGCAGAAUGUAUUAAAUCUGAAUUACUGGCAAUGUGUAAUGAAAAGAACAGAUCAAUGUCCAGACAUGGAUAUCAAAAUAUUUUUGUAUUCCAGCGGUGCUAAACGGAAAAAAUUGAUCGAUGUUCGAAACAAGAACACACUCCGGUACAGCGGUUGGGAUCCUAGCAAAAAAAACGUCAUCAUUAUUCACGGUUUUAAUGGAACAGAAAGCAAGACCCCGAUGACAAUCAUCAGAAACGCGUACCUGAACCGAAAAGACUACAACGUGUUCACCGUGGAUUGGGAGCCGCUGACGUUCUUCCCAUGUUACCUAUCCUCGCUGAGCAACACCAGGCUGGUGGCCCAGUGCACGGCCCAGUUCUACGCCCACCUCACCUAUUCAGGAGCAUCAGCGUACGACAUACACUGCGUCGGCCACAGUCUCGGGGCCCACAUAUGCGGCAUGAUAAGCAACCACUUGACGCACAGACAGCACAAGAUCAUAGGUCUAGAUCCGGCCAGGCCGCUGGUGGACAGGUACGGUUCAGCCGAGUUCCGUUUAACCAGGGACGACGCGACCACGGUUCAGGUGAUACACACAAACGCUGGAUUCCUCGGCGAGGCGCCACAAGUGGGACACGUCGACUUUUGCGUGAACGGCGGCCGCCUGCAGCCUAGCUGUGCCAAGGAGCCUAGGAAUAUCCGCCGGGCCCGGUGCAGUCACUUCUUGAGCGCUUGUUUCUUCGCGGCUUCCGUCUCGGAACGGGGUAAGCGCCACCAAGGCGUGCCCUGCACCUCCACCUGCGAACCACUGUCCAGGUCGUACGGCAAAGACGUGCCAGUAUCCAUGGGAUUCCACACUCCGGACAACGCACGAGGAACGUACUGCAUUCAAAUGCGUAACAGUAAAGCGUGUCCAUUCGAUUAGACCAGAACCUCCAACAGGAGACGCAGAACCGGAGAAAACGACCCGAGGACAGUUAAUAUUAUAUACAACAUGGCAACGAAAACACAACAGGAAUAAUGCGUGUCACGAGAGACGGAAAAUCCCCGGACUAAAACCAAAGAUUGUUGUAUGCGACCGGUUACCGUAUAGUUAAAUAUCAUUAUACCGUUUCUAUUAUGUAUAUUAUAACAACGUGUACAAUAUAAUAUAAUAUUAUGUAGUAAUUAUUAUUAAUAUAUAUGAUACGAUACAAAAUACUGUGUGAAAUAAAUACACUGUCGGCACUCGUCA